CAACACGCACAAAUACACCAAUUCUCCAUCCCUCUCUCUUUAUUUAUCUCUUAUAUUAAAACCCCAUCAUCUUCUCCUUUCUUCUUCAGCUUGCUGUUCCCUUUUCUUAGAGAACUUCAAGCUUUAAUCCAAAAAUACCAAAAAUUCAAAUAUAAUUGUGAAUCAAGCUACAUUUAUUAUUUGUAAUUUAAUUUUAUUUUAUUUAAAAAUUUAAGAAAAAUGCAGGUAGCAUCAUCACCAACCACAUCAACACCACCCAACCCACUCAGAACUCGGUUAACACCCAUCACCAAACUCACCUACCAACCGAGUCAACUCACUAUCCGAUGCUCCAUCUUUGGUAGAAAUGGCGCCGUUACUGGUUCACGCGCCGAUUGGCAAAGCAAUUGUGCAAUCCUCGCUUCAAAAGUAAUCUCAUCUACCCAGAAAAAUUCCAACGAAAAACCCGAAGAAAUCACAACCGUUAAUGGUCAUCAAACUCUAAAUCUCCUCCCAGUAGUUUCCUCCGCCGCCGCCGCCGCCACUCCCACCACAACCAACCUCCCAAAACCCUUGUCCCUCGUAGCCGAUCUUUCACCGGCUCCAAUGCACGGUUCAACUCUUCGUGUAGCUUACCAAGGUGUACCCGGUGCGUACUCCGAAGCUGCAGCCGGAAAAGCUUAUCCCGGGUGCGAAGCCAUUCCUUGUGACCAAUUCGAAGUCGCAUUUCAAGCUGUUGAGUUGUGGAUAGCCGAUCGAGCUGUUCUUCCCGUUGAAAACUCACUUGGUGGAUCGAUUCAUAGGAAUUAUGAUCUUCUUCUUCGGCAUCGGCUUCAUAUUGUUGGAGAAGUUCAACUUCCUGUUCAUCAUUGUUUGUUGGCUCUUCCUGGUGUGAGAAAAGAGUAUUUGACGCGAGUGAUUUCGCACCCACAAGCACUUGCACAGUGUGAACAUACGUUAACGAAAUUGGGAUUGAAUGUAACGAGAGAAGCUGUUGAUGAUACUGCUGGUGCUGCCGAGUAUGUUGCUACCCAUGGUUUAAGGGAUACUGCUGCUAUUGCUUCUUCACGCGCCGCCGAGUUGUAUGGCUUGCAGGUCUUAGCAGAUGGUAUACAAGAUGACUCGGGCAAUGUGACCCGGUUCGUUAUGUUAGCCCGGGAGCCCAUAAUCCCUCGAACCGACAGGCCCUUCAAGACGAGCAUUGUCUUUGCAACUCACGACAAUGGGGAAGGCAAAGGGACUUCCGCCUUGUUCAAAGUCUUGUCCGCGUUUGCCUUCAGAAACAUUAGUCUAACAAAAAUUGAGAGUCGACCCCACCGUCAUCGACCAAUUAGACUGGUCGAUGAUGCCAACGUGGGGACGGCGAAACAUUUCGAGUACUUGUUCUAUGUUGACUUUGAAGCCUCAAUGGCUGAACCUAGAGCUCAAAAUGCUCUUGCUGAGGUUCAAGAAUUCACAUCUUUUCUUAGGGUUUUGGGGAGUUAUCCUAUGGAUAUGACUCCAUGGUCCCCUUCGCGAUCCGAUAUUGAUUGAUUUAAUUACGAUAUAUUUUGUGUAAAAUAAUUAGCGCCUUCGUGUUCAUAUGUUCUUCCUCGACCACAAACUUAAUGAGGAGAUGAGAAGAUGGAAGGAAAGUAUGCAAAGAAAAUGGAAAUAUGUUUGGUUUAUUAUUUUUGUCCUUCAAAGACAUAAUUAUUUAUUAUUUAUUUAGAUAAAAAGUAGAUUAUGUAGAAUUGUUCAUACUCUAUAUUUUUUUGGGUUUUUUUUUUCUUUUAUAUGUAAUUCCUCCAUGGAGAUGAAAAUGAAAGUGGAGGAAAUAAUUAUAAUGAUGGUGAGAAUUGUACAUGUAGAAACUUUGAUAAUGAUGUUGAUGUUCACGUUCUUUCCUUGAAUCUUUAUUAUAAUUAGUCCUUCCUGAACA